AUGGGAGAGCUGACAUACUUCCUUGGUCUACAAGUGAAACAAACCAAUGAUGGCAUAUUCAUUCAUCUGUCAAAAUACUGCAAUGAUCUGUUAAAAAGAUUCAAGAUGCUGGAUUACAAAGAUGCUGCUACUCUAAUGGCAACUAACUGCUACUUGGAUCUGGAUGAGGCUGGAAAAAGUGUUGAUCAAAGAAUGUAUCGAGGUAUGAUUGGAUCGCUACUUUAUCUUACUUCCAGUAGGCCUGACAUAAUGCAUAGUGUUUGUCUCCAUGCUAGAUUUCAAUCUGCUCCUAAAGAAUCACUUACUACAGCUGUUAAAAUUUUUUUAAAGUACCUCAAAGGUACUAAAGGCCUUGGACUGCGGUAUCCAAAUGGUACAAACCUUUUUCUAAAUGGUUACAGUGAUUCUGAUUUUGGAGGUUGCAAAUUAGACAGAAAAAGCACCAGUGGCACAUGUCACUUACUUGGAUCUUCAUUGAUCUCUUGGAAUUCAAAGAAACAAGCANGUGUGGCUUUAUCUACCACAGAAGCUGAGUACAUAGCAGCUGGAAGCUGUUGUGCACAGUCCCUUUGGAUAAAGAGUCAAUUAGAGGACUAUGGCAUUAAGUUAGAAAACAUUCCAUUGAAAUGUGAUAGUACUAGUGCUAUAAACUUAACUAAGAAUCCAAUUUUGCACUAG